GCACAAAGGGGUCUGAACGAGUUGAGCGCUCGUGCUGCGCUGGGCGUUGCCAGGCGAAGCGAGUGUCGCCGAGGCCGCUACAGUUGGCCUCUCGCUGGCCCGGCCCAGCCCAGCCCACGGAUCCCGAGUGGAGAACACGAGCACCGCCGGACUCGCUGGCGAGCUCCCAGGCGGGGCGCCCCGGCCUCUCAAGGGUGGCCGAGCGAGGGUUACCCGGGCGAGCAGGACCCACGGAAAUAACUGGUAAUAAGACCUCUGUAGCCAUGGCUAGUUCUGACGUGAAACCAAAAUCAGUAAGUCAUGCCAAAAAGUGGUCAGAAGAGAUAGAAAAUCUGUACAGAUUUCAACACGCAGGAUAUCGAGAUGAAAUUGAAUAUAAACAAGUGAAGCAAGUUGCUAUGGUAGAUCGUUGGCCAGAGACAGGAUAUGUGAAGAAACUUCAGAGACGGGACAAUACUUUCUAUUACUACAACAGACAGAGGGAAUGUGAUGACAAGGAAGUCCACAAAGUGAAAAUUUAUGCUUACUAGCCUUACUUCUUUGUAUUACCUGUCAUUAUCUUUUUAAAAAUCCACUGUUUGAUUCUACAUAUGUAAGUGUCAUUUUACAAAAGACUCCAAAAUGCAGACUUCAAUGGAAUGUUUUGAGACACAAAAGCCAUGAAACUUGGUCUCUAAUAAUCAUCCCAUUCUGUUCUAAAAUAUAACUGCAGUAGCAUUCCA